AUGAAGUCGCUCAGUGUAUUUCUCACAUUCUGCACCCUUCUGAGCCUGAGCCGAGCCAACCACCUGUUCAACGGCAGCAAGGACGAUGGCCUCUGCGAGCAUGUGAGGGAGCAUAGCCAAGACAGCCACAUUGGAGAGUUUGUCCCACAGUGCAACGACGACGGGAAUUUUCUCCCGCAGCAGUGCUCAGGGUCGACUGGGUACUGCUGGUGCGUCAAUGUCUUCACCGGAGAGGAGAUACCAGACACGAAGACACCACCAGGGAGCACACCUGUUGACUGUGAUAUUUUUUGUCUAGACGAUGAAUUCUACUGUCCCAAGGGCUGGACCCGGUUUGGCAAACAGUGUUUCAUCUUCAUCGACAGCGAGAAGACAUGGCCUGAAGCCGAGAGUUACUGUCUGUUUGAAGACGCCAACCUGGCAUCAAUCCACAGCGCUGAGGAGAAUCACUUCGUCCAGGCUUUGACCAGAGGAGACUCCCACGAGUUCCCUGAAACCUGGAUCGGUGGCUUUGAUGCCAUACCUGAUGCUUUUUGGAUGUGGAGUGAUGGCUCCAAAUUUAACUAUGAGAACUGGGCCGAGGAGGAUGAAAAGGAGGAAAAUGAGCACUGUCUGAAGAUGAAUUAUGAAGAAGAUUUGAAGUGGGAACCUGAGUCAUGCAAUGAUACACUUCCAUUUGUUUGUGCCAAGAGGAUCUGAACUCAGACCCACCAAUCAAAAACCAUCUGACAUGGACGCAACUGACAGGGUCCACAUGUUGGAUCCAACAGUUGGAGUAAUGUUUUCUCUCCAAAAUCUGUUCUUGUCCUUGUUUUCUGUCCUUGUCUUUCAUUAAUGGAUGUGAUACACAUGUCGCUUUUUGAAAUAAGUUUUGUUUGCAAACUGUGUCAACCCAAGAUAUGGUUCUGGUCUGGCUAAUCCAACUGCACUGAUUCAGUCCAGAUCCAUCCAUCUGAAUUCACUGUUGGCCUUGUGCCACUUGUGUCAUAUCUGGGUAAGCAUAUAUCAAUAAAACUAUGCAUUAGAAAAUGUGAUUUUUUUUUUAUUUAUUGCUUCAAUGAAAUAUUGCACAACACUUAACAGUGAAAGAGUGAAGGUUUGUGUCACAAAAUAAGGGAAUUUUAAAUUUCUACAUAUGUGUAAAAAUAUUCUUCCUCCAGAUUUAUGUGUGUCAAUUCAACAAUGGACCUUUUUUUUGUUGUACCAAUGCAAAGUUACUAUGUAAAUAAGUAUACUAAACACACAAGUUUAACAUAAUUAUUUCCUUCCCUCCAUUAAUUUAGUUAAAACUAAAAUUUCACCCUGACACCUGGCUAUCUGUAAGAGAGUAUAUACAUAUAAACGAGAUAAUAACAAGGGGAAAACAGAUUUAAAAGUAAGAUGAUUUCUGUCCACACACUGUCAUUGUGGGGGACACAAUUCUCUAUCAAUCAGAUAAGGGGAACACUUUGAUGUUCACACACCCACUUUGUGGGGACACGGUACUGUUGACAACCUAGAUGGGAUUAAAGUUUAAUUUCUUGCCUACAGCCUUUAACUUAGUUAUAUAUAUAUAUAUUAUAUAUAUAUCAUAUAUAUGAUAUGUAUAUUGGGGUAAGAGUUCAGAAAGUAAAUAUAAAUAUAUAAUAAUAAAUAUUGUCUAAUAGAGUCACUAAUAGAGUAGUAAAAGUUUGUGUUUGUGCGUUAAGGCUGAUGAUUUCCUAAUGCAGCACCAUGCACCCUUUUGGCCUCAAACAAACAAUCACUUGCUCAAUCGUCCUAAUUUCCCGACACCAAUGGCCUCAAUGCUAAAUAUUUCUCUAGUGUGUGAAUGUACCUGCUUUAAACAAUAUCUUUAAGGGAAAAUAAUAAAUUAAGCAAAACAAAGUGUUCAAAAUCUCCAAAUGAUGCCAUCAUACUUACAAUCACUUUGUCAAUAAUAAACUAUAGAUAAUUGUAGUGACUUGGUAUUUUAAGAACCUCUUCACCUGUGAGAUUCAGUAUAUAUGGUCUGACUAUUAAGGUUAGUGUUAGCUAACUACUUCAUAAACCCAUUGAAGACAUGUCGUCAGUAUGCUGAAUCCCUGUUAAGAAAUAACCGAUUAAAAUGUUUCAAUAAUCAACUGUUAUAAACCAGAAAAAAGGUUUGAAGCUAUUCUGCAACCACUGGGUUUGUUAAACCAUCUCAAAAUGAAAAAAAAAUGUUAAAACUGGAAACUGCUUACACAUAUGCUCAACCAAUUCUCAUUUAUCAGUAAACUCUUCAGUCCUUUUGCCCUUUUGUUCCUUCACAAACUCCAGAUUGACUGUGUACAGCAGUGAUUCAGGUUGGGUAAACUGUCCCAGCAGCUAUUGAACAAUUUUAGCAGAUCAAUAAAAGUGGGGGAGGACGCCCACUCACACAGAGACAGAUAAAUACCUGGUCAGGAAGAGAUUUCAGGAACAGAAAGAGUAGUGAAGGCACACUGUGGACGGUGGCUGCCGAGAAUUUGAGAAGAGUAACUUUAUUAGUGGACAAUGAGGACGCUGCUUGUGCUGUAUCUGUGUGUGUACGUCGUAUGGGCCCAGGGUAAUCUGGAAUUUGACGACGACGACGACGAUGACGACGACUCGG